UUUAUUUUAUACUUCAAAAGUUGUACAAUUGUUAUUAUAAUGAAUUCAGAUGAGACCUCGUGUUCAGAUUGCAAAUUGGAAAUCGUUGAACAGAGAUGGACCCAGUUACUUUUAAAUUGGAUAAACAAAUGCGUCCGCCCAAAGUCGCCAGUCUCUCGGCUGAACAUGAGGAGUCUUGUGGAAGUGGUGAACAAGUACAAACAAGACAUCUGCUGCGAUGACAUCGACAAGGCGAUCCUCAGCUCUGACGAUAUAGAGCCCUUCAUCAAGUACAAGUACCCGAUAUUAAGGUUGAGAUUCUUCUGGGAGAUAAAAGACAUGCCAAAGAAGAUUUACAUCCUGAACACGAUCAUGCUGUUCCAUUGCUGCGUCAGUUCCAUCGACGGUCACGUGGACAGCGACAUCUGUAUUAAUCUGGAGAAACACGAGCAAGAGAUGAUAUUAAAAUUCUGUGAACGACUCACUGAUAUGGAAGUCACUGUUAAUAAUAUAGAGAGUGCUAUCAGAGAUGCAUGUGAAGCAGUAAAAUACGGACCGAAAACAAUUAAAAAACCAGAACUGGACCACAGAACGACAAAAGUUAAAUCAAGCAACAACCAGACGAGCAACCAAACCAGCAACCAAACAACAAGCCAAGCAACCAGCCAAGCAACAAGGAAAGCAAGUCAGGAAACCAGUAAAUCAUCUGAGGCAACCGUUCCAUCUACAACGCCCAAUGUUUCUGGAGUGACUCUAAAAGAAAGUAUGCUGAAAAAAUUCAACGCACUGAAGUUUAAAUCUUCGGUAACUGUGUUACCAUCAGCCGUAACGGAAGCAUCGUCGUAUUCAGAAGUUGACUCUGUAGUGAACUAUGAUAAUGUUCACGAAAAAGUAAUUGUACCUACACCUCAAAUACAACUGAACGUUGAGGAACAGAAGAAGAAUAAAAAGGAUAUCAAAAUUGUUGCCGCUGAAUAUGAUUCUGAUCAGAAUCGCCGCUGUCUCCCUCUAUGCGCGUGCAGCAGAUGCAGCCCAACAGGUCCCUGCUGCGGGGACCCUGGCACCUCUAACACCAAAUGUGCUCAGGAUGAUUACCUCAACGAUAAAUAUGACGAUGAUAAUGAUGAUUACAUACCUCUGCCAAAAAGAAGACGGAAAUUUAAAAAUAUCCUGAGGUUUAAAAAAUUCUAUCUUGUCAUCGUGAUACUGCUCUUGAUUCUAAUCGCAGCUGUGUUAUUAUCCAUGUUCAUUCCAUGGAGACCUGAAAAGAAGAAGCCGAGGAAAACGACUUAUGCUCAUAUAGAAGAAUUUCGGAUGAGUGAAGUUAAUGAACCAAGAGCCAGGACUUUCCAGCAUAACUCUUACAUUUGCUUAAAGGGUCUUUGUCAAAAAGUGUUUGAACCAACAUCGGAUCCAAUAUUUUUGUCCCUUAGUCGAUGCACCCUGCAAUGUAUGGGACCACAGUUAUGGCCAUUCCCGAUUGGUUACACCUACUUUAGCAAAAAGAUUGUCACUUUGGCUACAAACAGACUCGAAUAUAAAUUCCAAUCGGUACCUUCAGAAGCUGUGCACUUGUAUCUGGCUGAAGCAUUCAAACUCUUUUUAGGCGAUCUAGCAAAAUUAGAACGGUACAACAUAGUACCCAGGAAAGAAAACCUCACACGAGACAUGCUGAUUAAAAAGAUGUAUAUAGAAAUGGACAUCGAGACAGACCCAGAUCCCAGAAUUAGGUUAGACACUGAAGAGUCUUAUACAAUCAAAGUUGAAACAAUUAACAAUCAAGUUACAAUGAAACUGCUUGCAGCGUCCUUCUGUGGCAUGCGACAUGCUUUAGAAACUUUAAGCCAGUUGAUACUACUCGAUCAAACCACUGGAUAUCUUAUAACGCUAUCAAAUAUUAUCAUCAAGGAUGCUCCUAGUUACAAGUACAGAGGUUUAAUGAUAGAUACUGGGAGAAAUUACAUCCCUGUCCCAGAUAUUAUGAGGACGAUCGAUGCUAUGGCGACGUGCAAGCUCAAUACCUUUCAUUGGAGAAUUUCUGAUGUGACCAGCUUUCCUCUGCACCUUCCAGCUGUUCCUCAACUCUUUGAAUAUGGUGCUUAUGAUAGAUCUCUAAUAUAUACGAAGGAGGAUGUCAAGGCUGUGGUCAAGAGAGCUGGUAUUCGAGGGAUAAGGGUUCUUUUAGAGGUCGCAGCGCCUGGACCUGUAGGCAGAGCAUGGUCAUGGGUACCAGAAGCCUCUUGUCCAACGAAGAACAAGAACUUCACUUGCAACAACGUCCUGUGCCUCAGAUUAGCCAUCCAAGACUCAAUUUUUGACAUCCUACAAAUAAUCUACUCCGAAAUUUUGGACAUGACUAAAAUUGAAGAUGUGUUCCAUUUAAGUGAUAGUGUUUUCUCCUUGUCCAGUUGUUAUUAUUUGAUUGAAGAGAGAGAGGGGUUUCUCGAUAAAGCCUUGGAAAGGUUGAAGUUGGCUAACAAAGGGUUCUUACCAAAAUUACCUAUCAUUUGGUACACGACGCAUCUGACAAGGGAUUUUGAGGCCAGAACUUGGGACAGGUAUGGAGUUCAGCUCACAGAAUGGCAGCCAAACCCUUCGGACCAGUUUCUGAGCAGAUACAAAGUAAUACAUUCUAGCAGAUGGGAUCUGUCCUGCGAAGUUAAGAAGCAGAGAUGUAGGAAAUACAGAACAUGGCAAGACAUGUACUCCUGGAAGUCCUGGAGGAACAUCGAAGUAUUCACCAUUGAAGGUGGAGAGGCCUUGCUCUGGACUGAUCUGGUCGACAGAGGUAACCUGGACUACCAUUUGUGGCCGAGAGCGGCGGCGGUGGCGGAGCGUCUCUGGUCGGACGUAGCCCUCAACGGAUCUGUGACAGGAGCUGUAUACGUCAGACUGGAUAGCCACAGAUGGAGAAUGGUGAUGAAGUCAGUUCAGGUGCAGCCCAUCUGGCCAUUGUUCUGCAGCUUCAGCCCUGGGGUAUGUUUGGAACAGCUGCGGCAUAAGCAAAAAUAAUAUGGUUUACGUCUGAAUUGGAGUUUCAUUGUGAUAAUGUAUCGCUUUCCCAAAUCAUUAUAAAUACUGAGAUCCAAUUAGGAUCAGGUUUAUGGAGACCUUAUUUCUAUAGUAACUAUCUUGAGAAUGAUUAAUAAUCAAAAGAUGCAACUGUUUAUUCACGCUUAUUUAUCGGGAUUGCCCGUUUCGUGAGUC